GUCCCCGAAGCUCAUCACUGUGCUCACGACCGACCAAAAGCAACCACGGUGCGGAUCGCCAACCGGUCAGCGAAGCGGAACCGCAUCCCGAAGCCGAAAUCGAGUCUGCACUGCUUUCCCGCAGCGAAAAUGGGCCAACAGCAAAGCCAAGAAGACCCCAACGGCAUCCAAGGCGACACCCUGCUUCACCCCGUCUUGCCGGCCUGUCCCGAUGACGGCCCCGGGGCCGUGUUCUCUGACAGCAGUUGCGACGGUGCAGUCACGGUUGCAGGCGAGUACUGCGAUACUGGCUCACCGGGACUCGGGGCAGAUAUCUUGGACUUUGUCGCUGUCCUCUCAGGGCCUCACUCGGGCGACCAUGACAACGACUUCUCUGCCAGCUUUGGUCCUUGGUCGCCCAACCCCAUUUCGGGCUCGCCUAAGCUUAUUGAAAGCGCAGAAGACGGCAACUCGGAGAUGGCUUUCCGUGCCCUAUCUGCCUGUUCUCCCGGAAUGUCGCCGAGCCUGUCCUGGGACGCCACGACCGUCCUGCAUUCGCCAACAGAUGCUGUUGCGCACCCUGGCUCUGGAGGCUCGCUUGGUCCUGAGUUUAUCGAUCCUCUGGUGUGGCAGCUUCUGAACAACCACCCUGAGCAGAUACUUGCAUUCGAGGGACACAUGACAGCUUGCCAACCCGAUAAAACCAGUUGCGGCGACAACAUCAACAUCGCUACUGAUAUCGCUGCCGGCGGUGCUAUCAGCACCAGUGCCAGUAGGAGCUGGUGUACUUGCGCUGCUCCUUAUCAAAGCGAGCCCGUUCUUUGCACAUUCAGCAGAGAUCAUCCCCUGUUUAUGGCUACGAUCGAGGAUAUGGAGCGACCUACUCCUCACAUCCCAACCCUUGAUCAAUACUUGCCCUGCACGCCAGGCAGCUCGGAGAUGCCAAACCGCGAGGCAUCCAUCUCCCACCCACAUCCGGAGACUCAGGGCAGGAGCCACAUGCCUCAACGGUGGGGAGGCAUACAUUCAAUCCACCCAGUCCACCCCGCUCACCCAGUCCAUCCAAGCCCAAGCCCAAGCACGGAGGAAGCGUGUGCAACUUUCCGACCCCUCCUGGAAGCAAGUUCAUGCACUGCCUCGGCAUAUGGCACAAGUGUAGCACAGCCCGCCGGCGAGCGGCCCCAAGGCAAGCAGUGCCCCGAGCUUGAAAGCCAAGGGUAUCAGGCCGAGCACUCUCGGAUCCCCCAUCUUGCUUCGGCCUCGCCGUUGCGAUCGAGCCUGCGUCCUAUUCGACGCAAAGAUCAGGACCACGUCCGUAAAGUCGCCAGGCCUGAUACCCACGAGACAGGUGUAUCCAAGCGAUAUGCUCGGCUGUCUUGUCGGAUUGACAGUUUGUACCGCACCCACGGCGGCAGCGACGGGAAUCUCGGCGCUAUUGUCCAACGCUCUCGACAUCUCGCCGCCUUGGCUAGGGACAAGUUGCGACAGAGAUACCAUGCGGCGACACACUGAGCCGCCUGCCGAUGGAAUGUGCAUAGCAAGCGAGGUUCAUGAAUACACCCAUGUCAUGAGCCCUGCGCGUGAGAGCGG